AUGCCCAGGGCCCCAAGAAACCACAGCAAGACCUACAAGGUCCCCCGUCGACCAUUCGGAUCCGCUCGUCUAGAUGCCGAGCUCAAGCUCGCCGGUGAAUACGGCCUCCGCAACAAGCGCGAAAUCUGGCGCAUUGCCCUUAUCCUCUCAAAAAUUCGUCGUGCCGCCCGUGAGCUGCUCAAGCUCGACGAGAAGGACCCCAAGCGUCUCUUCGAGGGUAACGCCUUGAUCCGACGACUCGUCCGUAUCGGUGUGCUCGAUGAGACCCGCAUGCGUCUCGAUUACGUGCUGGCUUUGAAGAUCGAAGAUUUCUUGGAACGCCGUCUGCAGACCCAGGUCUUCAAGAGCGGAUUGGCCAAGAGCAUCCACCACGCCCGUGUUCUCAUCAGGCAACGCCACAUUCGCGUCGGCAAGCAAAUCGUUAACGUCCCCUCAUUCGUCGUUCGUCUCGAUUCCCAGAAGCAUAUUGACUUCGCUCUCACCUCGCCGUACGGUGGUGGACGCCCUGGCCGUGUCAAGCGCAAGCGCGCUGCUGCUGCUGCCAAGAAGGAGGAGGGUGGUGAUGAUGAGGAUGAGGAGUAA